UGAAACAGGCAGCUAUAGGAGGGGGGACUGUGUUGUAGUUGGAGGAGGCCGAUUCACACCUCGGUUUUAGCUCCUGUCUCUUAUCUCUAGUCUUUCUUCCUUGUCUGUGUGAUAGUGCCGGGGGCCAGUCCGUCUGUACCUUCAUGACUCCUCCUUUCCUCUGACCCCUGUCCCAGAGCUGACAGAGGGGAUGUCUCAGAGUAUUGACAUGGACAGAACAAUCAAGGACACCUCAAUCUUAGAAGAGUAUAACAUUAACUGGACCCAGAAGCUUGGUGCUGGAAUUAGUGGCCCUGUCAGAGUUUGUGUGAAAAAGACCACACAAGAACGUUUUGCACUGAAAAUCCUUGUUGAUCGACCUAAAGCCAGAAAUGAGGUACGAUUACACAUGUUGUGUGCCGCACAUCCUAACAUUGUACAGAUCAUUGACGUGUAUGCAAACAGUGUGCAGUUCCCCCAUGAGUCAAGUCCAAGGUCUCUUGUUUGGAUCCCGAUUUGUUUUUUCUUAAGGGCACGGCUCCUAAUUGUUAUGGAGAUGAUGGAGGGGGGCGAGCUGUUUCACAGAAUCAGUCAGCACCGGCACUUUACUGAGAAGCAAGCCAGCCAAGUAACAAAGCAGAUUGCUUUGGCGGUGAAGCAUUGUCACUCAAUAAACAUUGCGCAUAGAGACCUCAAACCAGAGAACCUACUAUUCAAGGAUAACUCACUGGAUGCUCCAGUUAAAUUAUGUGAUUUUGGUUUUGCCAAAAUAGACCAAGGAGAUUUAAUGACACCACAAUUUACCCCAUACUACGUAGCACCACAGGUUUUGGAGGCACAGCGAAGACACCAGAAGGAAAAGAUUGGGGUCAUUCCUACCUCACCAACACCGUACACGUACAACAAGAACUGUGACUUGUGGUCCUUAGGUGUUAUAAUUUAUGUGAUGCUCUGUGGCUACCCUCCUUUUUACUCCAAACAUCACAGUCGAACCAUCCCAAAGGACAUGAGAAAAAAGAUCAUGACUGGAAGUUUUGAGUUCCCGGAGGAAGAAUGGAGCCAGAUCUCUGAAAUGGCAAAAGAUAUUGUGAGAAAGCUACUGAAGGUUAAGCCAGAGGAGCGGCUCACUAUUGAAGGCGUUCUAGACCACCCUUGGCUGAACUCAACGGAAGCGCUGGAUAACAUUCUACCAUCUGCGCAGAUGAUGAUGGACAAGGCAGUGGUUGCUGGGAUACAGCAAGCUCAUGCCGAACAGCUUGCCAACAUGAGAAUACAAGAUUUGAAAGUCAACUUGAAACCAUUAAAUGUUGUCAACAAUCCUAUACUGCGAAAGAGAAAGCUGCUAGGAACAAAACCAAAAGAUAAUGGUUACAUCCAGGAUCCUGAAAAUGAAAUAGAAGACUCAAACAUUGCACUGGAAAAACUUCGAGAUGUGAUUGCACAGUGUAUACUACCACAGGAAGGAGAAAAUGAAGAUGAGAAGUUAAAUGAAGUAGUUCAAGAAGCAUGGCAGUAUAAUAGAGACUGUCAGCUAUUGCGAGAUACCCUGCAAAGUUUCAGCUGGAAUGGUCGAGGAUUUUCAGACAAAGUCGACCGGCUGAAACUAGCAGAAAUAGUAAAGCAAGUUAUUGAAGAUCAAACAAACUCUCAAGAGGAUUCACCGUAACUGAAAUUAUACUUUUUUAUUUAAUUUUUUUUUUUUUUACUGAAAAAAGAAAAAUCUUGCUGCAUCUUAAUUGUAAAUUAAUUUUAUGUAAAUUAUAUCACUGACUUUCCACAUUGCUUGAACAUACAGUAUAUAUGUAGAUAGAGUUUAACAAACCGGGACACUACUGUACUGAUACUUACACAUCUGGCAGACUGCUCUCUGCCAUUUAUCAUUUUGUAGUACUCUAUGGGCCUGCUAUUUUGCCAUUUACUAGCCAGUUGGCUGCUACUGACAUAACCACAGGUUCAGGCAGGCUGUUUAACUCUAUCUGUGCCAGAGAGCACUUUUAUAGAGUGACCUUGUUCCCUGCUAGAUGUACUUGUGGUGCACAGUUAUAUCUGGCAGGGAAAUAACUCACAUACUUGAAUACAGACUUAUUGAAAUGAAACCAGUUUGGUUACACUGGCUACCAGUUUCCUAAGGAAUAAUUGGAAACGGCACAAGCCUUUGGAUCUAGUACCAGCUGCUUUGUAAAUGCGCCAGUAUAUAUCAAAAGUAUGUAAAAAAAAAAUCUUUACUUAUUUAAAAAAGGAUUGGUAACCUUAAAAAAAAAAGUGAUGUAAAAUUGCUCAGGCUGUUUUUUCUUGCAAUUUACAUUAAUUAUUUGUUCAGUUUCAGAGCCACUUAGGUUUUUAUUAACUGAAAAUAUGAUUUUUGUAAUAACACUGCCACCUGCUGCUUAGUCCCUGUAACAGAGAAGUGUUUUCAUGUUUCUGUGCUCAGGAAAGAGAUCAGAUGUCCUUUCCAAUCACCUUCCUGAGCAGAGCAACAUCAGAACAGGGAGUCCUCGAGUUACAUACACCCGGCUUACAUACAACUCACACUUACAUACGGGGGCUGUUACAGUAACAUACUAUGGUUUGCUUGACUUUUAUUCGCAUUUAGCUUUAAUAAACCACCUCAGCUCUGUUGCGUGUUGUCUCCUGCAGAGCACAGAAAGGUAAACAUAAAUACUAUGUUAAGACAGACGUCUGUCUAAGUUGCAUUUAAUAAGUAAAUGUAUAUGUUUCAACUUACAUACAAAUUCAACUUAAGAACAAACCUACAGACCCUAUUUUGUACAUAACCCGGGGACCGCCUGUAUAUCUCUUUGGACUGUGCAGUCAACUGACCAGCAGGUGGCACUGUUACUAAAUCCAUUAAAUUGACAGUUAAAAACUUGUAUAGCCCUGAAAUUGAAAAAAAUAAAUAAUGUUAAUUGCAGAAGUGCUUAGAAAAACCCUGAGCAAUUUUACAUUUAGUUUUGUAAGGUUUACUUAUCCUAUAAACCAUGUUUUUACUGGCUGCCCUAUAGAUUUUCUUUGCUGAAAAAGUCACAGGUUGCUAUUUGAACCCACAAGAUGACACUGUUGUGUAUUUUUCUGUGAAUGACAUAGGGACGGUAUGAUGGGAGUCCUUUUAAUGUACAAAGUUUGAUUUGAACAAUUCCGGAUUUUAGUUUACUUUUGCUGCAGAACUUUAAGCUUUAAACUCUUUGCUGCUA